AGCCAGUGCCCAAGCAGAGAAUGUAGGCACCAUAUCUUUCCUAAAAUUUCUCUAGUUCAUGCUUUGAGCAAUUAUUUCAGGCGAUAGCGAAAGUAUGCAUGACAAACAUGUUGGCCUGUAAGCUGUGCCUACUGAUACGUGGGUGUGUGCUGUUAUUACUACGUAAUACACAACCUGAUGUUGUGACAAGAGUCACCUCAGUUCUCUGUUACUUUACUUCAGAUAACCCCACUGGGUGACCCUUGUGUUGGUCUCUUACAAUUGGAUCUAGGAGGUGCUGGCUGCCUGUGUUUAUGAUGAAAGAGCAGCAGUGAUGUGGGUCUGUGUGAGGUCACAGUCAUUGCUGGGGUAGGAGGGUUUGGCCCCCACCUGGCGAGCAGAGCUGGUGCUCUGGUGAGCGUGCUGCGCACAGAGACUGAGCUGUGAGCGUUCGUCGUUAGGGAUCAUUCUUUGGGAGCCCACUGCAAGCACUGCUGCGGCGUGUGUGUGAGCUGGGCACAGCCCGGACUGACCAGGCCAAUAAGGCACUUCUUGUAGGAUUCCGGUCCGAGAGGACACUUUGGGGAUCCAAGCAGUCUGAGCACAACCAUCUCUUUGCAAGACCAGGGAAUUCCUCUGGAGAAAACCCAGACGGGCUCUAAGAAUUUCGCCAUGUCUCAGCAAAGAGGCGACUGCUACUUCUACUUCUACUCCACCUGCACUAAGGGAGACAGCUGUCCCUUCCGCCAUUGCGAAGCAGCUCUGGGGAGUGAACAAGUCUGCAGACUGUGGAUGGAGGGCAGCUGCUCGAGGAGAAACUGCAAGUUCCGACACAUGAGGAUUGAUAAGCAGCGCAGUUUGAUUCCCUGCUUCUGGGAGAACCAGCCCGGAGGCUGCCAGAAACCACACUGCGCCUUUCGUCACCUGAAGGAACGCGGUGGGAACAGACCGACUGCGCUGCUGAGCCACAAAGCUGACACAAGUGGCCUUCCUCCAAAGAGCGGCCUUGCAGCAAGUCUGGGGAACCAGGCAGAGGUUGACAAGGCACCAGAGAGAGUUGACAUCCCAGUUUCCUCCCAUGGCCCAGCUGGACUAAAACGCAAACGGUCGGAGGAGGAGAAGGGAAAAGCGGGGGAAUUGCCCUGCAAGAAAAGAGUGAAGGGUGGGCGCAGGGUCUCCGUGAGGCCCAUUGAUUGGAAAACCACCUUCCCCCCAACGCGGAGACAGAAACGAAAAGCAGCAGAGAUGCAUCCAUCUGCUGCUGAGGACACGGAUGAGCCCCCAGCUAAAAAACUACCCAUGGAGACUCUUGCUUCAGUCCCGCCCGAAUACACCGUGCUCAGCACCGAAGUCAUAAAGCUUCCAAGCAGGUGAUGACCACAACUUGUUCUUCCUUAAUGCCCUUUUCCCAUCAGACAGAAGUUCUUUCACACUGGGGGAAAAUGGGGUGUUUGAGAUGUGUCAUGGUGUAAUGCAACUAAGGAAGAGGUCAUCUGAGAUAAUUGAAACUGCUUUGUCAAAACCUCUGCUGAGUUCCUCGUGGGGAAAAGUACCUCAGCCAGCAAGCAGGAUUUUGCAGAGGA